UACAAAAGAUUUCAGCUAUCAUUUGUUCCGGGUCAUAGUGUCAACAUGGCAGAUCUCGUGGAGUUGUUUGUAAGCACUGGUUUGACUGAACAGAAAGCAAAAGAAACAAUUAAAAAUGAAUUAGUCUCAAAAAAUCUAGAACAAGCUAUUAAAACUGCUGAACAGUAUGUGAAUGGAAGUUCUAAAAAUAAAGAUGUUGGCAAGCUCUUAUACAGUAUUGCCACAAAACUCAAGGCCCAGAUUAAGCAGCACCAGAACUUUGUGGUUCAAUACAUUGCCACUAGGAAAAUUUCUUCGGAAGAACAGCUAUCUGCCGCCUUACAAUAUUUGCUCCACCACCCAGAGUCUGAGGUCGUUGUGAAAUCUUUUGAGGAGGCCUGUGGGGUGGGUGUGGUUGUAACCCCUGAGGAGAUCGAGUCUGCUGUUGAAGAGGUAGUCAAAAAAUACAAAGAGGCCCUCAAAGAGAAAAGAUACCAUUACAACACAGGCCCUUUGCUCGGUGAGAUUAAAACUAAAAUCAAAUGGGCUGAUGGGAAAGCUGUAAAGAAUGAAUUAGAUAUGCAGAUUUUGGAUUUACUGGGACCAAAAACAGAUGCAGACUUAGAGAAGGCUCCUAAAAGCAAGGUUCCAAAUACUAAACCCAGUCAGCCAAAAGAACCAGUGGUCAAUGGUGACAACAAAAUAGUAGAAGAAAGUAUUUUAUCAGCCGACGGUCGCCUGAAAGGGUUUGCAGAAGUCAUGGGAGAGGCUCUUAAGUUUCACAAGCCAGGUGAAAACUAUAAAACAGAUGGCUAUGUCAUCACGCCAAACACUAUGGAACUACUCAAGAAACACCUUCAGGAAACAGGAGGAAAAGUGUUUACCAGAUUCCCACCUGAGCCAAAUGGAAUUCUUCAUAUUGGCCAUGCCAAAGCAAUUAAUUUCAACUUUGGAUAUGCCAAGAAAACUGGAGGCUUCUGUUACCUUCGUUAUGAUGACACCAACCCAGAGAAAGAAGAGGAGAAGUUUUUCUUGGCUAUCAAGGACAUGGUCGAGUGGCUAGGCUACACCCCAUACAAAGUAACCUAUGCCUCUGAUAAUUUUGAUAAACUCUACAACUGUGCAGUAGAACUGAUCAAACGAGGUCAUGCUUAUGUCUGCCACAUGCCAGCAGAUGCGUUGAAAGGUUUCAACCCUCCAGACUCUCCAUGGAGAGAUAGACCUAUCCAAGAAUCUCUGCAGCUCUUUGAGGACAUGAAAAAGGGUAAAAUAGGAGAAGGGGAAGCUACUCUUCGAAUGAAGACCACUCUAGAAGAGGGCAAGAAAGAUCCCGUUGCCUACCGCAUCAAAUUCACUCCUCAUCACAGAACAGGAAACACCUGGUGCAUCUAUCCUACUUAUGACUUUACUCACUGUUUGUGUGACUCUAUUGAAAACAUUAGUCACUCACUCUGUACUAAAGAGUUUCAGUCCAGACGCUCUUCAUACUAUUGGCUGUGCAAUGUGCUAGACAUGUACUGUCCUGUACAGUGGGAAUAUGGAAGGCUGAAUCUCAGCUACACUGUUGUGUCCAAAAGGAAAAUUGCCAAACUAAUCACUCAGGCAAUAGUCAGAGACUGGGAUGAUCCUCGUCUGUUCACUUUGACAGCUCUACGCAGGAGAGGUUUUCCACCAGAAGCCAUCAAUUACUUCUGUGCCAAGGUGGGUGUGACGAUGGCUCAGACUUGUAUAGAUCCAUCUAUGUUAGAAGCUUGUGUGAGAGAUGUGUUGAAUGUCACGGCCAAAAGAGUAAUGGCUGUACUUCGCCCACUGAAAAUAGUUAUAUCAAAUCUUCUUUCUGACUUUCCAAAAGAAAUUUCUGUGCCUGAUUUCCCUGGAAUUGAAUCUAAGGGUUCACAUACUGUAGAAUUUAGUAAUGUUCUCUACAUUGAAGGAGAAGAUUUUAAAGAGAUUGCUGAUGCAAACUUUUACCGCCUGACCAAAGACCAACCAGUUGGACUUCGGUAUACAGGUUUGGUUAUAUCUGUGGAAAAGGUCACAAAGGAUUCUCUUGGCCAGCCUGUGGAAGUUGUUGUGAGCUGUAAAAAUGCAUCAGAGACAAGCAAACCAAAAGCUUUCAUUCACUGGGUGUCUCAGCCUGUCACUUGUGAAGUCAGGAUCUAUGACAGAUUAUUUAACCACAAGUUCCCUGAAGACACAACUCAAGUACCUGGAGGAUUUCUUUCAGAUGUAAACCCUAAUUCUCUGGAGGUGAUCACUGAUGCAAUGGUGGACAAGUCUGUAGUUGGAGCUAAAGUCUAUGAUAAGUUCCAGUUUGAGAGAUCUGGCUACUUUUCUGUUGACCCUGACUCAACAAAGGGCAAGUUGGUGUUCAACAGAACAGUCACUCUGAAGGAAAAUUCUGGCAAAAAUGCUUAGUUACUUCCCAUGACUUAAUUGCAAAAUUUAUGUUUAGAAAACGUUUGUAUCACAAAUUAAUUGCUUGAUGUGUUGUUGUUUUAACUAUAAUAAUAAUUUAUUAGUAAACCAAGCACUCCAACAGUGCAGUUUGGGAAGGGCAGAUCACUGGAUUUAUAAUCCAAUUGAGUUACUUUCUUUUAAAAAUAAGAUGAGAAUAUAUGAAGAAAUGUAUUAGCAUUUCCUGUUCCAUUUAUUUAUUUUUAAAUUAUUGCAUUGUAAUUUUAUAACUGUUAUUUCCCUGUUUAUUAACAGCCAAAUUUAAUAUUGUAAACAUUAUUUGGCUAAAUGGAGUUGUAUUGAUCAGUACAUAGGAAUGUAAAAGGAAAAUUGCUCUAGUUUUUGUUUGUUUUACUUUCUAAGUUUGUGCUGCAUUGACUUUUUGUUUUUAUGGACUCAUUAGCUUCAGGUGUGUUAUAUAGCCAUUAAGAAUUAAAUCUAGCACUAUUAGAACUAUUUUGUUUUUUAAAAAAUUAACAAAAUAUUGAACUAUCUAUUUUCAUUCUUUUAUUUAAUUACAUAUUUAUUUAUAUUUCAAAGAAUAAAAUCAUUUGAAUGCCAAAAUUUAUUUUUUUAGUAGUUCACUGGUCAUUUAUUAAUACUUGAAUGUUACUGCAUUCCAAAAACUUACAUAAUGUAGAACCAUACAAAUAGUAUACAAUGUGCUUAAUUUGUUAAUUAAAUCCAUUCAUUCAGUGAAUCCAAUGCACAUGUCAUGUUUGAGAGUAACUGAAAUGUUAAAAUAAUUGAUAUCAAUAAAAUACCAGGGAAAGAUCUGAGUGUUAUGUUAUGCAGUUUAAUGAUGGGUGCACUUAUGAAACAAUGUACCUGUGUUUAUGUUUACCUGUCUAAUAAAAACAUUGUGUUUGUCUGACAUGUGACAACUGCUGUGAUUGACAAUAAAUGUAUAAACUUGUUGA